CCUCUUGUGAGACGGAACGAGACUGACGGACUGCUGCUGCUGCUGAGACGAGGCAGACGACAUAAGACGACCCAGGAGUUCCCUUUGAAGUCCGACCAUGGCUGCAACUCUUCGUCAGACACCACUCACCUGUAGUGGCCAUACACGACCUGUGGUGCACCUGGCCUUCUCCCAGAUGUGCCCUGAUGGCUACUUUUUGAUCUCUGCCAGCAAAGAUGGAAAGCCAAUGCUUCGUCAAGGCAACACCGGAGAUUGGAUUGGUACUUUUGAAGGUCACAAGGGUGCUGUAUGGGGGGUAGCUCUCAAUUCAGAUGCCACGAGGGCAGCUACUGCUGCUGCAGAUUUUUCUGCUAAGAUUUGGGAUGCUGUGGCUGGAGAAGAACUACAUACAUUUAGUCACUCCCAUAUUGUCAAGAGUGUGGAUUUCUCUCCCGAUUCUACAGAGUUGUUAACCGGAUCAAAUGAGAAAUUGCUCAAGAUUUUCGACCUAGGCAAACCAGAAGCAGAGCCUCAAGUUUUCUCUGGUCAUACUGGAGGUUUAAAACAUGUCCUCUUCAUGAACCAGGGUAAACAAAUGUUAAGUUGUGCAGAAGAUAAAACUGUUCGAUGCUGGGAUAAAGCUUCUGGCCAGGAGGUUCGAAAACUAGAAGUAGCUCAUAACCCCACAAGCAUGGAAUUAGCUGCUGAUGGACAGAUGCUGACGUUGACGUAUGGUUCUAAAGUGGCUUUCCUCAACCCAGAGACCUUAGAGCAACAAAAAGAAAUCACUGUCCCCACAACAGUUUACUCUGCUUCUCUGCACCCUGGACGAACUUUCUUCAUUUGUGGUGGAGAAGAUUUUAAGAUGUACAAGUUUGACUUCAAUACAACAGAAGAGAUUGAAUCUUUCAAGGGCCACUUUGGUCCUGUUCACUGUGUACGCUUCAGUCCUGAUGGAGAGCUGUAUGCUUCUGGCAGUGAGGAUGGUACCCUGCGACUUUGGCAGACAACUGUAGGAAAGACCUAUGGAUUGUGGAAGUGCAUAGAUGCCACUGCAAAUGACAUUAAUACUACUGUAAAACCAGAGGCCACUGCUUAAUGGGUAUCUAGGCUUGAAAAUAUUGCUAACAUCUUCAUUACAGAGUCAGUUUAAUGAUGAUUUAUUUAUUUGAGAGAUUUUUUAUAAUAUGGUGCAGUAUUUUGUAUAUGAAUGAAGUUGGAUCACUGUAUUUAAGUGAAAAUGAAUUUCUGUGCAAUGAAUUUUAGUAUGUAUGGUGUAGCACAGCAGCAACAUGCAUUGCUUAAGAUACACAAUGGCUGGCAAGGUAUUUAGGGUUACUUUUUAUAAGUCAGCAAUUAUAACAAUUAUAUUUGCAUAGACUAUAGAUGGUAAAUUGUGUGAACAUUGAAAGGAAAAAUACAUGCCUAAUUUCAGUAGAUGCUGAUUUGGUGUCUUGAAGCACGAGUGUGUGCAUGCAGGUAAGAUUCCAAAGCACAUGAUAGUGACUUUAUUCCUGAGCAGAGCGAUGAUAUAAUAGAGUUCUCUUUCAUAUAGGUUCUGUUUAUUUCUUUGGUUUACUGAAUACAGUACUUUAGUUUUGGGUAAAUUCAUAUGGAGAUGUUGCAGUAAAUAGCCUACUCAUUAAACCUACAAAAUAUUUUAGUUGAUGGUAGAUUGGAGGUUGGCUGUAUUUCUUGUGAUGAAAUGUAAUACGAGGAAAUACAGUGGGAAUGUAGAAGCACCAAAAGUAUUUUGGAAAGAAGAAAGAAAAUUAUAAUGCACAAUUAUAUUUGCAUUUGAUAUUAGAACAGAAUUUUGGGGUAUGAUUCCUAGGGACUUUUGGUGUCACAGUACAGUAUUUUUAUUGCUUCUAAAUUCACUAAACGUGUUAAUAACCUCAAGUAGUUAAAUCAUGCAACAGCUCAUCAGUAAGAGUUGCCCAGACAUAUCCAAGAAAAAAAGAAGCUUGACAGUAUUUAAAAUUCAUAGUACAUAUACAUUGUCACCCUUAAUUACAAAGUUGGUAGUGCUGUGGCAUCAUUAUUUGCUUAGGGAAACCUGGCCCAGCUCACCAUUUCAGUCUUUCUGGAAUUACAAAAGCGUUUGGAUAUAAUUUUGUCAGUAGUACAUAUUCGGCUUAGGCCUUUUAUUGAGCAAUUUUGCCCUAUGGUGUGUGUAUAUCCAGUGACUUCCAUAUUCAGUCUUCCCUGAGUUUUAACAUAUUCCUCUUAACAUUUCCUGUGGCACCAGGCUUUCCAUGUUCAUCAGUCCCCCCCCCCCUCUCCUCGUAAAUCCCUUGACACUUGCUGGAAACAUUUUUUAUCUUUAUAACCUUAACAACAGUUGGUCCAAAUCAGUUAUACAUAACUGUAGGUUUAUUUUAGAAUAUAUUGGUCAUAGCAAGUAAAUUGAUAGUCCUUUAAUCAUUGCUAAGAUUUUUUGAGUGGAAUUAUUUCUUUUUAAUUUGGCAUUCAUGCGUGGUGAAAUAUUCACUUAUAAUAAAACGGCCAGGUAGGCACAUUAUCAAGGAUUGAAAUAUCAUGCUGAAAGGUAUUUUAACUAAAAUAGUGAAUUACUAUUUUCAUAUGUUGAAGGUUCCUUUCAUCAUAAGCACUUGUAUAGCUAGGGGAAUGAGCUAGCUUUUUGUGCAUUAAAUUUUACAUGUCAUUUAUUUUGAACAACUAUGUAAUACUACCAUCCAGUCUUGUAUUUAAUAUGUUGACAAGAAUUUUACUAAGAUGAAGGUACAGUACCCAUUGUAUAAUCCAUUCAAUAAUGCAUGUGCUGUGUGUUAAGAUAUUGGAGCCUUUUUUUAUUCAUUCAUGGAUAUUAGUGCUAGUUUUCCAUUUUUUUUUUCUGGUACACAUUUCUUUGUUGUCAUUUUAAUUUUCAGUUGCUGGCUUUAAUUGGGUUCUCAUCCCAACUGAAUGGAAUUCUGCUAAGAGAGUAUUGAAAUGAAGAAUGAUCAUGGACCAUUAGCUUAUAAAAUCACAGUAUAUUUUCUUAAACUUUUUACGUUAGGGAUCUAAAAAUCUUUUGCUCACAAAUCUGUGUUAAUAGUUUUUUAACGAGAUUGAUUGUAUGCAAGCAUUUCAGUGAAUUUAGGAAUUUAAUUUCAUGCAGUUUUUAAGCAAGACUUUAGUUGAUGAUUGAUAGUAUGUAUAAUGAUAUCACUUUCAGAAAAAUAGAAAGUACCAGUCAGUAUAUAAAUAUAUAUAGGAAUGUUAAGAAAAUUAGGUAUUGCAAUAUUAUGAUAUUUUUUUACCAAUCCUCUUGUUGUGCCUUAGUAGCAAGUACUCUUGGAUAUUUUUGAAAGACUGAAAAUUAUACUGAUAGUUUUUUGUCACUACGUAAAAUGUCCAUCGUGGAUGAUGACCAUCAGCAUGUAACUGGUAUGAAAAAAUGUAAAUUUUGUAUGACAAGGUAAUAGUUAUAUGACAAAAACCUAUUGUGUAACAAUCUCAUCAUUGUGAUCACUUUGUUAAACUGCAGUAGAUAUAGAAUAACAAGGGUUUUCAAUCUUGAAUUGUUCAGCUACCCUUGUUAUAUUAGUUUAGAGAGAAAAAAAUACACUACACUAUUUAGGGCUACCUCUGGUGUGGGGUCACACAAUGUUUAUUUAUAAUUUAUCCCGUAUAUAAUUUUUAAGUUAAAUGUUAAGAGAAAGGUUUUCAGUGGAAUCUCAAAGUAAGAAACAUUCCUAAUUUGGCAGUAUUUUUCCUGUUUUAUUUUGUACUGGUCAUUCCAUUGGAAAUUUCUGCUUAUACUAUAAAGGGUGUAAAUUUAUCUUUCCAACUAGUAUUAGGCUUGUAUUGCCAAAUGGUAUAAACAUUUCGAUUGAGGAGUGUAAGCAGAAGUUUAUGGUUAGACCCUAAAAAUGACUUUUUAACUCAAAGCCUAGUCAGCUGGUUGUUUCGGAUGUUUUACAAACAUAAACAAAAAACCCAA